AUGUCCCGAUCUAGGCAUCCGCAUUCCGAUGCUGCCUCCUCCGCCAAAAAUGGGGAAACGUUUAAGGUGCCAGAGCCAGCGGUGACAUCUUGGUUGGCCUCGAGCAUCUCACCUCCACUUCACUCAGAUAUUUCCAUGGGACGAAUACGCCAAUUUUCUUGCCCUCCUUACAUGAGUAUUUGUCUCCUAACAAAUUACAUGGAGACCACUGGCAAUGUCACAGCUUCAACUUAUAAUGAUUCUCUCACACGGGUAGCACUUCUGACCCUCCUCUACAAAUCGAUAAGCAGGACCGAAGACAAACGAUGGAGAUCAUGA